GCCCCGCCCCUCCCCCCUCUUCGCCCCGCUCCGUGGGAUUCCCCCGAACAACGUGCUCCUCUCUGCCCCAAAAUAUUUUGACUUUCCUCGGCUGUUUUCUAAGCUCCUUGAACACCCAGCAGUGACUCAUCUCACCCGGUCAGCAGCGCAAGACCACACAAGCCCUCCAUCUUGGCUCUUCCUCAUUUUCUCUCUCAGCCGGGAAAUAAAUGAUGGAAGAGCAGGAUUUUGGCAGCCUGCCGCUGAGCCAGGACUCCUUUAAAGCGCUAUGGGAGUCUGUGAUGCCUCCCUCCCUCCCGGUCACACCGAUAGUGGCUGAUGAUCUUUUUAUGAAUGAUAUGUCUGAGUUUGACCCGCAACUCUUCGAUAUGGCCCCGGAGAUGUCCACUAAAGAAAGCGUCACUCCCCCGGCAUCCACCGUCCCGGUUACCACCGACUACCCGGGGGAGUACGGCUUCCAGCUCCGCUUCCAGAAGUCUGGCACUGCAAAGUCGGUCACCUCAACCUUCUCAGAGCAGCUAAACAAGCUAUAUUGCCAGCUUGCCAAGACGAGCCCGGUUGAAGUGCUGGUCAGCAAGGACCCUCCUGCCAGUGCUUUCUUCAGGGCCACAGCGGUUUACAAGAAGUCUGAGCACGUGGCCGAGGUGGUCCGCAGAUGCCCCCAUCACCAGAACGCAGACGGCGAUAUGGAGCACCGCAGUCACCUUAUCAGAGUGGAGGGCAGCCAGAAGGCGCAGUAUUUCGAGGACCCGCACACUAAGAGGCAGAGUGUGACUGUGCCUUACGAGCCUCCACAGUUGGGCUCAGAAAUGACCACCGUCCUGCUGAGCUUCAUGUGCAACAGUUCCUGCAUGGGGGGCAUGAACCGCAGACCCAUCCUCACCAUCCUGACCCUCGAGACUCCAGAGGGAUCGGUUCUGGGCCGGAGGUGCUUCGAGGUGCGUGUCUGCGCAUGUCCAGGCAGGGACCGCAAGACCGAGGAGGAAAAUAGCACCAAGGCGCAGAGCGGCACCAAACAGACUAAAAAACGAAAGAGCGCCCCGACUCCUGACACGAUGGCUGUCUCUGUGAAGAAGUCCAAGCCAGCCUCCAGUGCAGAGGAAGAGGAGAAGGAAGUGUUUGUGCUGCAUAUCCGCGGUCGCAAACGGUAUGAAAUGCUAAAGGAAAUAAACGACGCUCUGGAGGACAAAGAGAAGAAGGCCAAGAUGUCUGUGAAGCAGGAGUUUGCUGUGCCUUCCUCUGGGAAGAGGCUCCUGCAGAGAGGAGAGAAAAGCGACAGCGACUGACGACCUAGUCGCUUCAUGAGAACACGCGGCUCGUCUUUCUCCCUCCAAGCCAUCGGGUUUACUUCAGGUUUUUUAUUUGUCAUUGGAACCCCAAAUCAACUCCUGCCUCAGUACACCAGAACACUUGAUCCAAUAACUGUACUGCCUGACCAUUUACUGUACAAGCACUGUACAGUGACUCGCUGUUUUUUGACUGCAAAUGAAUAAAGGUUUAACAGAUAAUGCAGAGGGGAGCAGUUCAUACUGUAAGCAGGUCUGCUUCCUCCUCAGUACUCACCAUGUGAAGUCCCGUCAGAUGGCUUUGAGAACUUUGUCUGGUUGAGCUGUAUUAUUGGGAGGGACUGUAUUUUUAAUCAGUGUUGAUCUUGGCAGGGAUUUUAAUUUGAUUCCACUUUUGUCAUCUUGUCAUAACAUGGAUCGUUUAUAGUCCGAUUUCUUCCACCUUUUUGUUUUGUCAAAAUGUUACUUAUAAUCUUUGUUUUAUUCCCAAUGAAGUGCGACUGCAAAGGAUCCUAAUCUAAGUAUGAAGUCACUGCCUUUCGUUUGGAAAAAGUCAAGCUUGUAAAACUUGAAUAAGUGUUUACCGUUACUGUACCAUAGCCAAUGCAAAUUCAAACAUUUACAUCCAGCCCAACUCCCCUUUCCCCGACGCCAGCAAGCACAAUCGGUGCAAAUGUUUCCAUUCCAGCCUUCGUUAGAUAUGCAAGCAUGUUUAAAAACUGCACAACAUAAGGCCAGAUUAAAAAGCGCACGGGCUUGACUGCAUGUCUUUUUGUCAGUGGGUCUCCGUUUUUAUAUAUAAUUGUUUUCAUCACGUAAAGCUGUCAAUGUAAUUAAGCCUUUUUUCCCCCCUAUGUAUCCACAUGUUGUCAUUGCUGUUCCGUCCUCUUAAACGGUAGUAAUUAUGUUUGCAGGGAACCCGUUGUCAUCUUUUCUGAAAAUGAACAGUAUAUCCGGUAGCUGAGGGGCUGGCUGGUUCACCCCAAAAAGCGAAUUACCUUUUUAGUAUUUGUAACUCUUUAUAUGCAACAGGGAGCAGAAAUUGUUGGUGGGGUUAAAAAAUAAAAAGGAAAAGCGGAAUUUUGAUUUACAGGAACAAAUUUUAGGAAGCAGGGACACAAUCUAACAAGAGAGGUGUUUGAUGGUUUAUGGGGUGCGUGCCACUCGGUUCAGAUGAUGAAAACUACUGCCGGCCUAAUGUGCUCGCCGUUUAGGACGCUCCAGCUGUCGUUUGAUGUUAUGUUUCCGUUUUUUUUGGCCUUCCAGCCUCCAACCAUGCAGUUUGCCAGUUAGUAUUUAGCACUUCAGUUGGAUUUGACCAAUCACUGAGAAUAAACCACUUUUUGUUUUUACACUGCCAAAAAAAAAAAA